AGAAAGAAAGAAAGGCUUUUAAGACCUGGGACUCUACUAGUACUCUUAGCAAACUCACAAACAAACCAAAAUUGUUGUAAAUGGAGACAAUGAGGGGUUUGGAGAGAACAGUGGAGUGGCUUAGACCCUUUGUUCAGACAAAGACCUGGGACUAUUGUGUUGUUUGGAAACUAGGAGAUGAUCCAUCUAGGUUUAUUGAAUGGAUGGGUUGCUGUUGUAGUGGUGGUUAUAGAUUUGUUGCUAAUGUGAAAGAGGAAAGAGGUGUGGAGCAUCAUUUGAGUCCUCUUUGCAAAGAUGGUCACUUCCAGCAUCCCAUAAGCACAAAGGCUUGUGAAGCUCUUGCUCAACUUCCUUCUUCUAUGCCACUGUAUUCUGGGGUUCAUGGUGAAGUUGUCAUAUCAACCCAACCCAGGUGGAUUUGCGAUGCCAAUGCCUUGGAUUCAGAUAUUUCAAACGACAAACUCGGAACCCGAGUUCUGAUCCCAGUUGUUGGUGGUCUUAUUGAGCUCUUUGUCGCAAAGCAUCUACCAAAAGACCAAAAGAUCAUAGAGUUCAUUACAGCUCAGUUUAACAUCUCUUUAGACCAAGAUGCCAAGAGUGUCUGGAACACUGCCAAUGUGAAACUCAGUGAACAUCAUCUUGCUCCAUUGCCUGAAGAGUACUCACAACAUUGGCCUGGAAUACAAGCUCUUUCUCCGGUGACCCAGUCCAGCUCCUAUCCUAGUGUUGAGGGAUUAUCAAGUGGAUCCACUCGUUCCAGUGAAUGUCCAUUUGACUUAAAUUGUGGUUAUAUACCACUACAUGGUUCUAUGAAUCAGUCAAUUGGAAAAUCUUCUGGCUCUAAAAAGCCUGAGUACAAUGUGAGUUCAUUGAAGACAAAAUUGGCAUUAAAUUGUGGCAAUGUGGUAGAAAAAGAGAAGGAAAAAGUUAUCCAGGAACCAAAAACAAAAAAAUUCCAUUCAAAAAAUCUCGCCACAGAGAGGAAAAGAAGGCACAGGAUUAAAGAUGGGCUCUUCACUCUACGUGCUUUAGUCCCAAAGAUAACCAAGAUGGAUAGAGCUGCGAUUGUUGGAGAUGCAAUUGAAUAUAUACAAGAGUUGCAGAAGGAGGUUGAGCAACUUAACGAUGAGCUCAGGGAAAUGGAAGAAGAGGACUGCGAAAAGAAUAAAGCAGAGUUGAAGAUCUUAAAACCAAACAGAACAAAUGGUGGCACCACAUGUUUUGCUCCUACUGAGCAAAAACCGGAAUCAUCCAGCCUUGGAGAAAAGAAGCAAACAGAGGUGCAAGUGGAAGUGAGCCAGAUAGGCCAAAGAGACUUCUUGAUUAAGAUCAUCUGUGAGCAGAAGCGAGGUGGGUUUGCGAGGUUCAUGGAGGCUAUAGAUUCCUUAGGACUUCAAGUAGCCGAUGCCAAUGUCACCACAUUCUGUGGCCAGGUCUUGAACAUUCUCAGAGUUGAGGCAAACACAGACAUUAAGCCGAAGAAGUUGAGGGAUGCUUUGUUCGAGCUAGUAGACUGUAGACUAUCACAAUAGACGGAAGAUAGAAUGUGUGGUAUUGAUUUCAGAAAGCAAAGGGUAUGACAAAGUUUUGACACCUCCUCUAACCAUAUAGUAUCACUCAAUAUUGCAUGAUCAUUGAUACAUCAACUUUGAAAUCCAAUUUAGUAAAGUAGAUCUUGAAAAUAUGAAAGUAGAAAAGGGUAAAAUUGCAGCUUUCUAAUUUUGUAGUUUUUCUUCAAGUCGGUUUAUGAUAGAUGGAGCUCAUCAAGUGUGUCUUGUACAUAACUUUCUUACCUCUUGUUUCAUUUGCGAGACAUUUAGGCAUACUACUUUUGAAUUUG